AUGAUGAUUUCUGGAAACAAUAAUAAAAAUGUUGAAGUCAAGAAACUCAAAGUUUUGGCAAAUGAAAUUGACAAAAUUGUCAAAGCAUCAAACGAUGAAAACACAAUCAAAAUUGGAAAAGAAGCGAAAGCAAUCAUUACAAAAGCCAGCCAUUUGAUCAACAACAUGGAAUAUUCAGAAUCCGGUUUGAUUACUGCAAUGAGGAAUGGCGAUUGGGUUUUAUUCGAUGGUGUUGAAUCAUGUCCUCCAAAUAUUUUGGAAAUGAUCAUUACUUUGCUUGAUUUCGAACCAUCUUUGAAUUUGUAUGAAGUUGGUGAAGGUGUCACUUUUCAACCAAAUCAAAAAUUCCUCAAAAUCAGAUCAAUGAAGACUUUAGAAUCAUUUUCACAUACAAUGAUGUAG